AUGACGCGCGGCUGCUGUCUGCGGAGGCUGCAGCAGCUUUUGCUGCUGCUGCCGUUGCUGCUGCUGCAGCAGCACAUCGUCUUACCACCAGCAGCAGCAGCAGCAGCAACAGCUGCUGCUGCCGACUCUCCCUCACCGCAGCCGGAGGCAGCAAGACCAGCAGCAGCAGCAGGAGAUUCUGCUGCUGCUGCUGCUGCUGCAACUGAAGGCACACAGCAUGCGGCAUCGGUAUCCCAGGCGCCUGCAACUGCUGCAGAGGCGCCGACAGAUUCACCCGCUGCUGCUGCUGCUGCUGCAGCAGCAGCAGCAGCAGCAGCAACAGCAGAACGCCCCGUAUCAGAUGCAGGAGGGUCCUUCUCUGCCGGAACUGCUGCUGCAGCAAUGCUUGCUGCUGCAGCAGGACCUUCAGCGUCUCUCAUGUCCUCUAUAGAGCAACCGCAGCAGCAGCAGCAGCAGCAGCAGCAGCAACAGCAGCAACAGCAGGAACGAGACAUGGCCGCUGCUGCAGCUGCUGCUGAUAGUGCUCAGAAGGCAGCAACAGCAGCAGCAGCUGCUGCUGCUGCUGCUGAUGCUGUUUCCACGGGGAUGCUGCAGGAAGGGGUCAGCAGCCCGCUGCCGGACACAGCAGCAGCAGCAGAUAAGGAGGCAACAGCAGCAGCAGCUCUAGCAGCAGCAGCAACAGCAGCAACAGAAGCAGCAGAAGCAGCAAGAGCAGCACAAGCAGUAGCAGAAGAAGCAGACGCAGCUGCAGAAGAGCAAGAAGCAGCAGCAGCAGCAGCAGCAGCAGCAGCAUUCUCCCCUCUGUCUUUUGUCUCCGAGGCUGUAGCCAGCAGAGUAAAGGGGGUGGUGCGCUUUGCUGCUGUUGCUGCUGCAGUGCUGAUGCAGCUGACGCCGCUCCCCACCAUCGCCAGGGGGUUGGUUUGUGUUGACAUUCUGGGCGAAUACAACGCGGGGAGAGAAGCAGCGGUUUCUGCUGUCUUUGUAUAUGAAGGGGGGGCUGCUGCUGCUGGCCCUUCUUAUAUUUAUUUGUCUUGUCUGUCCCCUCAGUGCAGCAGAGCUCAUCGUUGGGCUUGUUGCUUGUAA